UCUGUAUUGCCGGCAAAUGAAAGUAUAAAGUCAACCAAGUGACACUUGUCACCAAGUUUCCCAAUAAAAAGUAAAUAAAGUUGCAGUGAAUUUUGCAGCGAUUUCUUGCAAUGAAAUGUCGUUCCGUUCAAGAGUCCUAGGCUUAGUGGAAGUAGUGUUAAGGGUGCCACCGUUGUUCGUAAUCGACGAAAUCCUGAAAUUUGGAAUCGGUCUGGAGGAGCUCUCCGAACAUGAUCUGUCGAAUUUUCAAGAAAGAUACGAUAAAUUCGAAGAAACGCUUCACAGCAAUUCGACAACAAUCGCCUACGAUCCAGUUUUGUACAAAUUCAUUCUGGUGUCGGUCUUCAGACUGCUGCUGAGCACGAUAGGAUGUGCCGCAGCCCUUUGCCUCUUCAUCCUCAACAUCAAACACCUGAUGGUAGCCUACAUGUACAUAAUGUCCGUCGGCGUCGUCUUCGUCUCAUACUGGAGCAACGCCAGCACCAUCAAAUCCGUCUCGAUCCUCCUCGAGGAUUUCCAAAACGGUUCAAGCAUCCUCGACAGCAUCCUCUCUCUCAACAUCGAACAUUUGACAAAAAACGGAAGCAUCACCCUUCAAAUUUUCCAAAACUACGUCCUUCAAUGUUUCCUCUCCUUCAUCUUCAUCAACAUCCAUCUCGGUCCUCGCUACUCCACCCUUCAAAAAAUCCUCCCUUUCGCCUUCCUCGCUCCGAGUAUGCUUUCAGUCCUCCCUGUGCCUUCUUCAAUCCUCAACCACAUGCCGGUAUUCUCCGCUCUCUUACCUCUAGCUUUGGUCAAAUUCGUUCUCUGGUCAUCAGUAGUGCCUAUAAUCCAGACUCUAUACAAUGGAUACACACACGCGAGGACUUUCGUGUCGAAUUUCGGGAUGUCGGCUCUAGUCGAGACCGAAUGGACGCGACUGAACGUUCCGGAAGUCCUCCGGACCUUCUGGAUGCUGCGCGUCCUCGAACACACCGGAAUUUUCUUCGCUUCCGGUUAUUGGGACCUGGAGGACGAGCAUAGUCCCUAUUUCCGCUUGAUGAAGUAUCUACUAGUCACGGGGUGUGACACCCUAACCGCAGUGUUGGGCAUCACGAGUAUAGUGUCUUACGUGUGCAACUACAUCGGAAAGUUCUUCCAGUGGUUGUUGUUGAGCGACGACGAAAACGAUAAGAAUUUCGGAACGGUUUCGGCGAUAGUGUUCUAUAUUCUUGCCUUACAGACCGGUUUAACCGGUCUCGAACCGGAAAUAAGGUUCGUCCGGUUGUGCCGGAAUUUCUGCUUGCUGUUCACAGCAAUCUUGCAUUUUGUGCACAAUGUGGUGAAUCCCCUUUUGAUGAGUUUGAGUGCUUCGCACAAUCCAUCACUGAGGCGCCACUUGCACGCUUUGCUAGUCUGUUUGGUGCUAGUGGUACUCCCAUUGCUCCUCAUGUACUAUCUAUGGUCGACUCAGGACACCUCCACGUGGCUCUUAGCAGUCUCAGCCUUCAGUGUAGAAGUGAUAGUCAAAGUUUUUGUCUCUUUGGCAAUCUACUCUCUAUUCCUGUUGGAUGCCCGAAGGGAAACCUUCUGGGAGAAACUCGACGACUAUAUAUACUAUAUCCGGGCCUUCGGCAACACUGUCGAGUUCUGUUUCGGCAUUUUCUUGUUUUUCAACGGCGCCUGGAUCCUCCUCUUUGAGAGUGGCAGUGCGAUUCGCGCUGUCAUGAUGUGCAUCCACGCCUACUUCAAUAUUUGGUGUGAUGCCAAAGCUGGAUGGUCGGUGUUUAUGAAACGCAGAACUGCUGUUAAUAAAAUCGAGAGUUUGCCCGAGGCUGAGGAGGAGCAGUUGAGGCGAUUGGACGACGUUUGUGCCAUUUGUUACCAGGAGAUGCGGUCGGCGAAGAUCACUCGAUGCAAGCACUUCUUCCAUGGGGUGUGUCUGAGGAAGUGGUUGUAUGUCCAGGAUCGGUGUCCAUUGUGUCAUGAGAUUCUGCACGGGAUGGAUUGCGAGGAGAGGAAGCAGAAUCAGCCGAGGCCCACCGACCAAGAAGAGGAGAAUAAUUAUGAUAGGUGAUAAUUUUAGGAAUUGUGAUCUAGGGAGUUUUAAGUGUAUGGCGGAGUGAGUUUUAGCGACUUUGACGAGGCUAGACAUAUGGUUGGAUUCUGUGAUUUGGUCGGGGAUACCGACUGGGAGCGAGUUGAUCUUGUUGAAAGGGUACUUAUGUUAAAUUUUUCAUGUAAAUAUCGAUUGUACAGAUUAGAUGGUAACAACUUUCCUUAAUUCAGUUUCGUUGUUAUUUAUGAAAUUUUAUAACGUUUAAGUCAACUGGGGCACUCCUGAAUAUACUGUUAUGUAAUUUAUUAUAGAAUAAAAGCUAUUUUAAGUU